UUGGCGGAGCAGCGCACGUGUGUCCCAAAAGGAAGUGGCGUCAGCUGGUGGAGUUGAACCUGGCUCCUUGUUGAACGCGUCUCUUUGCCAAGUAUGUCGCACUUGCAGAUGAAACUUCUGCGUAAGAAGAUUGAGAAGCGGAACCUCAAACUGCGGCAACGGAACCUAAAGCUACAGGGACCCUCAGAUGUGAGCCUGUCAGAAACUCAAAAUGGCGCUGUGCCCAAAGAAAUAGCAAGAGUUGGAGGAAAAGUUAAAAAAUCCCUAAAACAUUCAGUGAACGUGGACUUAUCUGAAGCUCAAAGUGGAGAUGACCCUGAAGAAACAGGGAAAGUUAAGAAAUCUUUAAAAUAUUCUGUAAACCCGAGCUCAUCAGAAGCUCAAAACAGGGAUGUGCUUAAAGAAACAAGCAAAGUUGGGAAAGUUAAGAAAUCCCUAAAACUGUCUGUUAGUUCUGUUAAUUCAAGCUUGUCAGAAGCUCAAAAUGGAGAUGAGCCUAAAGGAACAGAGAAAAUUAGAAAAGUUAAAAAGUCUCUAAAGCAUUCACUGAACAUGGGUUUGCCAGAAGCUCAAAAUGGAAAUAAGCCUGAAGAAACAGUGGAAAAUGUCAAAGUUCAAAAGUACCCCCAGAAUUCUACCAUAUUAACCAAUGGAGGAGCAAUAACACCAUCUCCUGAUUCAGAAUUGAAAAGGAAAAAGAAGAAGAGAAAAACGGUGAAUGAUGCUGGGCCUGAUACAAAAAAAGCAAAAGCUGAAGAAAGCACCAAGACUCAUGACCAAACAGAAGAUGGUGUGAGGAAAUCAGAUGGUGAGGAAGGUGACGGUGAAGUACCCAGCCUGCCCCUGGGACUGACAGGAGCUUUUGAGGAUACUUCUUUUGUCUCUCUAACUAAUCUUGUCAAUGAAAACACUCUGAAGGCAAUAAAAGAAAUGGGUUUCACAAACAUGACUGAAAUUCAACAUAAAAGUAUUAGACCACUUCUGGAAGGCAGGGAUCUUUUAGCCGCUGCAAAAACAGGCAGUGGCAAGACCCUUGCCUUUCUCAUCCCUGUGAUUGAACUGAUUGUUAAGUUAAAAUUCAUGCCCAGGAAUGGAACAGGGGCUCUCAUUCUGUCACCUACUAGAGAACUGGCCAUGCAGACUUUUGGUGUUCUUAAGGAGCUGAUGACUCACCAUGUUCAUACCUAUGGGUUGAUCAUGGGUGGCAGUAACAGGUCUGCUGAAGCACAGAAACUUGCUAAUGGAAUCAACAUCAUUGUGGCCACACCAGGCCGCCUCCUGGACCAUAUGCAAAAUACGCCAGGGUUUAUGUAUAAAAACCUACAGUGUCUUGUUAUUGAUGAGGCAGAUCGCAUUUUGGAUGUUGGCUUUGAAGAAGAAUUAAAGCAAAUCAUUAAACUUCUGCCGAUACGCAGACAGACCAUGCUCUUUUCUGCCACGCAAACUCGAAAAGUUGAAGACCUAGCAAGGAUUUCUUUAAAAAAGGAGCCAUUAUAUGUUGGUGUGGAUGAUGACAAAACUAAUGCCACGGUGGAUGGUCUUGAGCAGGGAUAUGUUGUUUGUCCCUCUGAAAAGAGAUUCCUUCUGCUCUUUACAUUCCUUAAGAAGAACCGAAAGAAGAAACUCAUGGUCUUCUUUUCAUCCUGUAUGUCUGUGAAAUACCACUAUGAGUUGCUGAACUACAUUGAUUUGCCUGUCUUGGCCAUUCAUGGAAAGCAGAAGCAAAAUAAGCGUACAACGACAUUCUUCCAGUUCUGCAAUGCAGAUUCAGGGAUAUUGUUGUGUACUGAUGUGGCAGCGAGAGGGUUGGAUAUUCCUGAGGUUGAUUGGAUCGUUCAGUAUGAUCCUCCAGAUGACCCUAAGGAGUAUAUUCAUCGUGUGGGUAGGACAGCCAGAGGCCUGAACGGAAGGGGGCACGCCUUACUCAUUUUGCGCCCAGAAGAGUUGGGUUUCCUUCGUUACUUGAAGCAAUCCAAGGUUCCAUUAAGUGAAUUUGACUUUUCCUGGUCUAAAAUUUCUGACAUUCAGUCUCAGCUUGAAAAAUUGAUUGAAAAGAACUAUUUUCUUCAUAAAUCGGCCCAAGAAGCAUACAAGUCAUACAUACGAGCAUAUGACUCCCAUUCUCUGAAGCAGAUCUUUGAUGUUAAUAACCUAAAUUUGCCCCAGGUUGCUCUGUCAUUUGGUUUCAAGGUGCCUCCUUUUGUUGAUCUGAAUGUGAACAGCAGUGAAGGCAAGCACAAAAAGAGAGGAGGUGGUGGCGGAUUUGGCUACCAGAAAAGCAAGAAAGUUGAGAAGUCCAAAAUUUUUAAACACAUUAGCAAGAAAUCAUCAGACAGAAGGCAGUUCUCUCACUGAAAACAAAUUCCUUUGAUCUUGACUAACUCCUAAAAUGAAUUUUUUUUCUUUACAAAGAAGUUUUUGUAGCCUUUCAAGUUUUUCUCAUCUUUGCUGUGAUGAUAACAAUUUUUUAUUAUAAAUCUCCUUGCAAAAAUUUUUGUUACUGUUUUACAGUAUAAUUCUUCUUUUUGUACCUUUCCUUUAUGCUAUAUGAAGAUUUUGUGACAUUCAUUGCUAGUCAACACUAUGCAGAGUGACUUGGUGUACUGGACAGGUGGUGGCGCAGCAGAAGAAAGUCUAGGUUUACUUUUUGGUUUUGUGUCUUGGACCUCAAGAGUGGCUUGGAGCAAUCCCUGAAAAUGCUGCACUUCGAAAGGGCAGAGCAUUUUGAGAGAUACCCAAGAAGCAGCUGUAGGUAAAAGGUAUUAUUUUGAUGCUCAUGGCUUUACAACAGCAAGCUUUCCUUAAAUAAAUAAUCAUGCUUUAUAGGUUUAUUUCAAGGUGUUUUGGAUUUUG